AUGCAUUAAUAUCCAAAAGACUCCAAUUUAUUACGCCUAAACAAUCACAACACUGAGUUUGUCUUCAAAUCCAAAGACAAAGAGGAACCCUUUAGUUAUUCAGCCAGAUGCAAUGGAACCAAUCAAUAAUUUGCUGCCUAAGCCAAAUUUAAAUACAUCACUCCCAGGUUCAGCUUAAUCAAUACUUUUGCUAAUGAUUCAACUUACAGCAUUUUCGCCACUUACAAACUUGAUGAAACUAUCAAACUAUUUGUCAAAUCUCCCAAUGUUGUUGAUGUUCUCCAAUAAUUUAAUGCAGGAUUCAAACUGACUCUAGAGAAACAGUAUUAAUUCUAUUGUGAAUACAACAAAACGCAAAAGUCAUCUGAUUUCAAUUUCUUUGCUAGAAAAAAAUACUUAUGGAAUGAUUGGAAGAUGAAAACAAUCCUUGAAAUGUGUUUCAAAAAUAAGUAAUUAUAAUUCUCGUAAUUCUGUCAAUUUGCAGAAAGUGGAGAUAGAAAAAUCAAAUUUUGCUAUUAAUAAAAUGAAUCAAGCAUGAUGAUUUAAUCACCUUUCAAAGAAAACACUCAAUUGGCAUUCAAAAUCAAUAGAACUUAUAAAUUAAACAAAUAUACUACUUCUUUAAAUUUUGGAUUGAGACACAAGGUUGAUGAAAAUCUAUUCCUGAUUACUAAAUUCAACCAAAAUGGAUUCGGGAUUAUUGGAAUUUCAGGAAAAUAUAAUAGAAUGAAAUACUAAGUUUCAAAUAAGUUGCAAUUUUCAUAAAACACUGAUCAACUAUUCCCACUGUAAUUCAAAUUUGAAGUAGAAGUUUGA